AUGUUUACUGGUCGAACGGCCUAUUCAGCUGGCUCUAAACCUAGGUCUCUAGACGCAGUCGACGUCAAUGGUGACGGCAAACUCGACAUUAUUGUCGCAAACUACGGUUCGAGCAAUGUCGGUGUUCUCCUCAACACAGGCAACGGCACGUUUGCUGCUCCAACGAGCUAUUUAGCUGGGACUAGCCCAGCCUUUGUGGUAGCAGCCGAUCUCAAUGGCGACGGCAAACCCGACAUUAUUGUCACAAACUAUGGUUCGAGCAAUGUCAGUGUUCUCUUCAACACAGGCAACGGCACGUUUGCUGCUCAAACGACCUACUCAACUGGCACUAACCCAGUAGUUGUGGUAGCAACCGAUGUCAAUGGCGACAGCAAACCCGACAUUAUUGUNAUUAUUUUAUUUAACAGUCAUUUCAUGUAA